AAGCGGUUUCUUACCUCUAGCAAGAACAUUUAGAACAAAUGAAGGCAGGAAAAAAAAAAAAACGCAAUCUAGGGAAUUUGGGUCAAUCUAGGGAUAAAACGUCAUGAAUUCAUGAAUGAAGGACGUCUGUGGCGAAGUUUCGAAAACGGCGAAACGGCGAGCUCUUAUUAGUGGCAAGGCGGCAAGGCCCGUGAGAGGUCGCGAGGUGAUGUGUGAGGUUACUAUGUGAGGUGUUUUUCCUAGACAGGCCGAGCUCCCGAUAGUGAUUGCUGCAGCACCUGUCAUUGCAUCAUCCACGUGCCAACGUGGAAAGUUGUAUUCUGGAUAUCUGGCCACAUCAUAUCUACCGUUCCCAGCGUUCCUGUCGUCGACCUGCGCCUGCGCGGAUCUUCAGUCUAGGCAUCAAAAGCAGUGCCAGGAGGCACGCCCGCGUCAAAGCAGUGGUGGUUGCGGAUGCGAACACUCGCCUAAUUGCUGUUCCUGCCUUCUACAGGCAUUCUGCAACAUGCCCGGCAUCUGCCCUCGGUGCAACACAACCGUAUACUUCAACGAGGAGAAGAUUGCCAUCGGGAAGCACUGGCACAUCAAGUGCUUCUCCUGUGGCAAUCCUGACUGCCAUAGGCGCUUGGACAGCAGCAACUUGACCGAACAUGAAGGAAACAUCUACUGCCGCUCAUGCUAUGGCAAGCUGUUUGGCCCCAAGGGUUAUGGCUAUGGUGGCGGUGGUGCAGGGGUGCUCUCCAUGGACACCGGUUACAAGAAUGGAACACCAACCAGCAACAUUCCAGCAACAGCACAAGCGCAUGUGGCCCCUCAAGAUAGCACUGUCAAGUCAGUGACCCACAAAAAAUGGGGAGAUAUUUGCCCACGAUGUAAGAAGGCAGUCUAUAUGGCAGAGAAGAAAAUAGGUGGUGGAGCGGCCUGGCACAUAGCCUGCUUCAGCUGCCACCAGUGUCAUAAGCGUCUCGAGUCAACCAUUCUGUGCGAGCGAGAGGGAGAGAUCUACUGCAAGACUUGCUAUGGAAAAUACUUUGGCCCCAAGGGAUAUGGCUACGGUGUUGGCUCUGGCACCCUGCAAAUGUCCUAAAUGCUUUGUAGCUUUUUAGGAAGAAGUCACCGUACCGGAGAUGAGGAGCUCCUGCCUAACCACCAGCCCAAUGGGGCCAUCCUCUGGGUCUUCACUGAAUCGACCUCAGCUGAAGGAGGUCUACAGAAUGAGGCUGUCAAGCAAGCCCUCAAAUAACCCCAUAACUCCUGCAGCAGUUUGCUGUGACUAUGUAAACAGUGCAGUUUUAUGUGCCAAGCAUGGUGGCACUAAGUAACAAACCGAUCGGGUAUAGUAUCUAGAAUGCCUUUUUGCACAAUACCAAGGCGACUUUAAUCUGUUCUAUCACUACAAUUCAUCUUCUGGGUCAGUUAUCAAAAAGGAACACAUGAGAUUUGUUAGCUUGACCAAGACCGCUCCAUUAUGUUAAACAAAGCACUAGCCUGCUUCUCACAAUAAGUUUACUUCAUGCGCUUCUCCAGUAUUGGAUAUAAAAAGUCUCAUGAGUAUAACAAAUGUAGCAAAGGCGUCUUUGUAUUUAAACAAUAUCUUGUGCACAAUGCUUCAAAACUAACUGCCUAGCCUUGUAAUACCUUCAAAACAUUCCAGAUUUGUAAGUUCCGUACAUUUUAAAAAGUACUGCAUGAAAAUGCUAGCAGAUUGAAACAAUCUUUGUAACCUGUAAAGCAAGUACUAGUUAGCUUUUUAUAGUGCACAUAGUUUAUAAAACAAAGUCUGUAGUGACAACUCUCAUGCAUGUUGUUCGUGAAACAGAGGAUUACUAAGCUAGGCAUGCAGGUCAGAAGGUUGUGGUUUGCUCAAGGCUUAGACAGGGUUCGUACAGGUCUCAACGGAGAAAAUUCAAGGAUAUUCAGGAAUUUCAAGGGCCUGUCACACGUUUUUCAAGGACUAAAAAACUGCAUCCAAAUGAGGAUUUUUCUAACAGUGUUCAAAUUCUCACUAAAUUUAUUGGACUUUACAUAUACAGUUGAAAGUCAAUUUAACGAAGUCGUCACCAUGCUCAAAUUACUUCGUUAAAUCGAGAAAAAGGCUUUUCAGUCCUUCGAAACCUAAAAUUGUAACAUAGAGGCACACAAGAUCUACUACGGCAUUGUUUUUGCUGCUAAGCCAUGCGUGUUCAUGUGAAAAGUCUGUUCAGGUGUACCGAACAUCGAGCCCCACAUAUGUGGUCCAGGCGAUGCAGCCGAAAUCCUAAGACUGGGAGAAUGAAUGCAGUAAUAUGCGAGCAAGAAAGUUGCAAGGAGACUAUCAGUGUCGUCUGUCACAUGAACCAUGAAAUAAUGAAAGUGUUUCUGUGGGAACAUCGAGAAGAACACUAAACCCGUAGUACCAUCUGGUACGUAACAGCAUGACUGAUGAGUCCCCUGUUCCGUGCAUGUGGGUGGUGCCUUGUCAAAAUAAAACCAGGCUCAUGACAAUGGGUGACUUGUUUUAACGCAAUAGCUUCAGUGCCUGCGCAUGAAGAAAAAAAGCAGCCAUCUGUGUAAAAAAGUGCUUCUUUUUACUAAUUUAUUUCACAAAAAACUUCCAAGUUAGUUAGUUCGGGUUGACGACAACGUUGAACAUUAUGAGUAACUGCUGAGGAAUGCAAAUUUGUUCCUCAAAACACACAACAAAUGUUCAGGACAGGUGCUGAGACUUCUCCAGUAUUAGCAAGGCUUGACAUCGUUACAGUUUACUAGCCACAUGCACAGGGAAAAAAGCAGCAUAAAUGUAGGACACAUGGGUGAAGUCGUAAAGAGAUAAGUAGAGAGACAAGAUGCACUGACGGGCGAGGAGUGAAAUGAACGUUAGGCCAAGGCAUGAAUACAUGCAGAAUACAUGCAAACUCGCAAGAUGUAUUGUUUCUGAAAUGGAAAGUUUCCCGCAUCGACGCUAAUCUACAACAGAAAGCAGGUUGCACUGUGGACUUUAGACAAUUGAAGGGUUUUCAAGGACAGAAUACAAUUCCAGGACCUUCUAGGGUAAUGUAAUUUUCAAAUUCAAGGGUUUUCAAGGUUUUCAAGGGCUUGUACAAACCCUGUUAGAUUAUGGUGACUGAACUGUGGUUGUGGUUGCCGCGUUUGAAAAAAAAAAAAUUACCAACUAAAAUGCAGUCACCUGAAGAGCCUUUCAGAUGGAUAUGUGUCUUCCGUUCUGGUUUUCAUUCUGUUAAAAAUUAUGAUCAAUUCCUGGGGUCAUUCUGUGCCACAGCUUUAUUAAAAAUAUCCUAUGUCAUAAAAUGCAUGUGGAUAUAUAUGAUUUAUAGCUCAUGAAGACAAGAAAGGGGGCUGAAAUAACAGGUUGUGCUCUUGAUUUUUCAGUAACUAAUGGGCCGCAUGGUUCUGCCAUGUCCUUGCCAGCCAACAUACCAAACAUGCAUUUGUGAAAUAAUUCAGCAUUCCAAUACUCUUGGUGGUCCAAUGUAUCUUUUAUUUUUUUGUUCAAGAAUAUCUUAUAUGAUGUACCAAAGUGUUGCCUUAUGUAAUUUGCAAUAAAGGCAUAGUUUCCUGA